CCGGCUUCUGCCGGCCAGAAGAGUCACAGGGAGGCCUGCAGGGGACAGGAGCGGGACUCAGGACCCCUGGACGUAUCCAUUACCAACCCCUCCAGGGAGAGGAUGUCGCUGUGACCCAGAAAUCCUAUUUCCUAUCCGUCCAGCAUGGCUCAGAGCAAGGACACCCUGCUACAUCUCCUGGCUGGAGGGUGUGCGGGGACCGUGGGAGCCAUCGUCACCUGUCCGCUGGAAGUUAUCAAGACGCGGUUACAGUCGUCGGCAAUCGCCCUCCAGCCCGUUUACUACCCCCAGGUACAGCUGGGCGCCCUGAGCGGGGGAGGCGUCGUGAGGCCGGCUGCUUCCGUAUCCCCCAGCGUCCUUCAAGUUCUAAAAUCAAUCCUUGAAAAGGAGGGACCAAAAUCUCUCUUCCGAGGGUUGGGUCCAAACCUUGUGGGAGUAGCGCCUUCCAGGGCUGUCUACUUUGCAUCAUAUUCCAAAGCCAAGGAGCAGUUCAACACCAUUUUUGUCCCCAACAGUAACAUCGUGCACAUGUUUUCCGCGGGCUGCGCAGCGUUUGUCACGAAUACGAUGAUGAACCCAAUCUGGAUGGUGAAAACUCGAAUGCAGCUUGAAAGGAGAGUGCGGGGCUCGAAGCAGAUGAACGCCCUGCAGUGCGCUCGCUACGUGUACCAGACAGAAGGAGUGCGCGGCUUCUACAGGGGUCUCACAGCCUCCUACGCCGGGAUAUCGGAGACCAUCAUCUGCUUUGUAAUAUACGAGGGUUUGAAGAAGCAUCUGCAAGAGAUCCAGCUGUCGACAUCCAAAGCUCCGGCGGGAGAGAAAAGCUCUGCUAACUUCCUGGGUCUGAUGCUCUCUGCCGCGUUUGCCAAGGGGUGCGCUUCUUGCAUCGCUUAUCCACAUGAGGUGAUCCGAACCCGAUUGCGGGAAGAAGGCACCAAGUACAAUACAUUUUGUCAGACCGCCCGCCUGGUGGCCCGAGAAGAGGGCUACGCAGCUUUUUACAGAGGACUUUUAGCCCAGCUCUUUCGGCAAAUCCCCAACACGGCCAUCGUGCUCUCUACGUACGAAAUCUUGGUCUACCUUCUCCGCGACAUGCCCAAAUAACCGGCCGGAGGCACCCGAGGGACUUUGACCAAAACGCGGGACUUGUGCGACUGUUAUGACCGCUAAAUACAAGCCGAGGACUUUCUCGCCUAGCGGGCCACCCCCUUUUGGAUUCUUUCUUUCUGGAAGGUUUUCGAUUAUCAUUAACGUUAGUAGUUAAUUUGUAUAUUUUGUUAUUUUAAACUUGCGGAGUCCCGAUUGUUUACUGAAAUCCUUGCUAUUUAAUGUACGCGGCCUUGGCUGCCACACAGGUUUUAUCUAAUUUAUAUCUAUAAAAGAGAGAGUGAAGGUA